AUGCUCUACGGCUCCUUCCCGAGUGUUGCUUGGUUUGAGUGUACUGCCACUAUUGAUGAUGUUGUGUGUGGGUCUGCGUGGUAUUAUAUAGGGUGUCGUGUGUGCCAUGCUAAGGCAACCAAGGGUCCUACAACGCUAAUGUGUAUCAAAUGUGGGAAAAGUGAUAUUGUUGGUGUCCCCCAGUACCUGACCAAGCUCUCUGUUUAUGACAACAAUGAUCAAGCUGUGUUUGUUCUACUCGGUGAUGCUGGUGAAGAGUUGACUGGAAAGACAACGUCAGAGUUGGUAGAGAGCUAUUAUGAGGCCAAUGAGAGUGUAGGAGAUGAGCAUUUUUUCCAUGUGCCGCAAGCUCUGCUUAAUGCCAUUGGAGAGACCCGGAAGUUUCUCGUGAAGGUGUCAAGUCACAACUUCACCGGGAAGGUCCAGUCUUUAACUGUGACAAAGGUCCUUCCUCUUGAAGCCCCAGUACCGGACGCCAGUCUAGGUAAAAACGUGGACCAGGAAACAAGUCAUGACAAGGAGGACCCUGCAGAUGAGUUGGUGAAAAUGAGCUCUGAUGAGAUUGUCUCAAGAGAUGCCAAGCGUGCCAAGUGUGGCUAA